GGUUUUGGGUUGGCUGUACUAAUUUGUGGGUCCUCUUCUUCUACUGGAAUACUCUUCACUACUAAUUGUUCAUUCUCUGUUCACCGUCUUUCUGUUGUUUUCUUUGACAUUUCCUUUUGCCCUAACCUACUACGAUUGUGAUUUUUCUUGGCACGCAAAUGGUUUAUGGGAAUUUGCUAUCUGUGACCGCGAUUUUUCUGUUUUCUGAGGUCGCUACCAUCUCCUCGCCAGGUGUUAAUGGCUAUUUGAGUCAUAUGAACAGUUAUAUCUGUUGAUCUCCAGUGCCUUCAUAUCUGAGUCAUAGUGUGUUACAGUUAAGAUGGAAAAUUGUACUUUACCGUAUUCUCUGGCUUCUGAUACCCAAAUCCCCAUCAGAAUGUUGACCAGAGGGAGACUUCCAAUGGAGAAUCACCUGGGCCGAUUCAGCUCUCUUAAGAUCCUUGAUAAUAAGCAUAGAUAUUUCGGCACAGGCCACAAAUUGAUAGUACCUCGGGUUGAAUGUUCGUCAAAUUCUCACAGUGUAAGCCCAUAUCACAAUAAAGACCCCUUUCUGGAUCUGCAUCCGGAAAUCUCAUUGCUUAGAGGAGAGGGGAACAACACAAUAAGCACCCAAAGAAAGGAUAGUUCAAGUGGAAAUGUCACUGAGAGCCUUGGCGGCACAUCCAGUUCAAGUAAUUAUAGUGAAGCUAGGAUCAAAGUGAUUGGUGUGGGAGGAGGUGGGUCGAAUGCAGUUAAUCGCAUGAUAGAGAGUUCAAUGAAGGGUGUGGAGUUCUGGAUUGUCAAUACUGAUGUUCAAGCCAUGAGAAUGUCACCUGUUUUUCCCGAGCAUCGGUUACCAAUUGGUCAAGAGCUAACCAGGGGUCUUGGUGCUGGUGGGAACCCAGAGAUUGGCAUGAAUGCUGCCAAGGAGAGUAAAGAUUCGAUAGAAGAGGCACUUCAUGGGUCAGACAUGGUCUUUGUUACGGCUGGAAUGGGGGGAGGCACUGGUACUGGUGGGGCUCCUGUUAUUGCAGGGGUUGCAAAGUCAAUGGGCAUACUGACUGUUGGAAUCGUCACAACCCCUUUCUCUUUUGAGGGGCGAAGAAGGGCAGUUCAAGCCCAGGAAGGGAUUGCAGCUUUGAGAGACAAUGUUGACACGCUCAUUGUCAUUCCGAAUGACAAAUUAUUGACUGCUGUCUCUCAGUCCACACCUGUGACAGAAGCAUUCAACCUGGCUGAUGAUAUUUUACGUCAAGGUGUUCGUGGUAUAUCUGAUAUAAUUACGAUUCCCGGACUGGUAAACGUGGACUUUGCUGAUGUGAGAGCUAUAAUGGCAAAUGCAGGAUCUUCUCUGAUGGGAAUCGGAACUGCAACUGGGAAGACAAGGGCAAGAGAUGCUGCACUAAAUGCCAUACAGUCGCCUUUACUUGAUAUUGGUAUAGAGAGGGCCACAGGAAUUGUGUGGAACAUAACUGGUGGGAGUGAUUUGACGCUGUUCGAGGUGAAUGCUGCAGCCGAGGUUAUAUAUGAUCUCGUGGAUCCAACAGCGAAUUUAAUAUUUGGAGCGGUGAUAGACCCUUCACUAAGUGGUCAAGUCAGUAUUACUCUAAUUGCCACUGGAUUCAAACGCCAAGAAGAAAAUGAAGGCAGAUCUCUUCAGGCAAGCACGCAGGGAGAUGUCACCCUUGGGAUCAAUCGGAGACCUUCCUCAUUCACUGAAGGCGGUGCUGUGGAGAUCCCUGAGUUCCUAAAGAGGAAAGGGCGUUCACGCUUUCCAAGAGCUUGAACUAGAAUCACCUCAUGCAUUUCUUCUUCACUUGUGUCUCCCUUUGCUGGGAUAUAAGACGUGCUUCUGUAGGCGGUAGUUCCACCCCAGUCUUCUGGUAAGUAAUUGUCUUUGAUAAGUUAGAUAUUGGAGUCAGGCUUGGACAAUAUACAGAAUUUCUAGUUGGUUCUUAGAUAUUGUCCCUAACCAGUCUCGGUACGCCAUCUUACCUUUCAAGCAUCACUAUAACUUUAAUAAUGUUUUCGAUUUGGGCCUCGUUUUGGUUGCUUGGAAGAAUAAACUCUAAGUCUCUUUGUACAGAGUAUGUUCAGAUAAGUGGAGAUGAAACUCAUAUGAGAGUGAUUUUGUUGUCUUUUUCUAAAA